AUGAGUGCUAUUGUUCGGCCAUUUGUCUGGUUCUACCAUGAGUUCGGUCUGUCUUCGAUUAACGAGACGGGUCGAAAUGCCUGGCUUAUCAUCCUUGCACGCUCGUGUCGUAUGUUCGCAUAUGGCACGAACUCACUCAUAUUGGCGCUUUUCUUCGCCGAGCUCAAGUUCUCUGACUACCGUAUCGGACUGUUCAUGACACUCACACUGCUUGGCGAUGUCUUUCUCGGUCUCGGUCUUACCCUCAUCGCUGAUAAAGUUGGACGACGCAAUAUCCUGUUCGGAGGAUCGUUCCUCAUGAUACUAAGCGGUGCCACCUUUGCUGUCUUCAACAACUUUUGGAUCCUUCUUUUUGCCGCAGUUAUAGGCGUUGUGAGCGCAACUGGCGGCGACUUCGGACCGUUCAGGGCCAUUGAAGAAUCCGUUCUGUCGCAGCUCACGUCGUCAAAGACGCGGUCAGACGUUUUGGCAUGGUACGUGACGUGCUCGACCAUUGGAUCGGCCAUUGGAAGCGAAGCUUCUGGCCGGAUUAUCCACGCCCUGCGAAAUGUUGGUGGCUGGGAGCUGCUUGACGCUUACCAUGCCUUGUUCUGGGUCUAUACCGUCAUGGGGUUCGUCAAUGCGCUGCUGGCUUGGCUGCUCACGGAUGCGUGUGAGAUUCACAAGAACGACGCCACAUAUGCCCAAGUAGCACAAGAUGAACGUGAGAGCCUUGAGUUGGACGAGCAGCGUGAACCCAACGGAACAACAAACCAGCCUCAUCCCAAAGAGGGGGCUUCUCAACCCAGGCGUCACUGGUUGUGGUUUACGAGCCAAUUGUCCCUCAUCUCCGCACCCACACGAGGGGUAAUGUACAAACUCUGGGUCUUGCUAGCCGCAGACUCUAUCGCCGACGGUAUGGUACCUUACUCGCUUACGAACUAUUACCUGGAUGAGAAGUUCCAUCCCUCGAAGUCUGUCCUCGGAGACGUCACGUCAGUCAGCUACUUCCUCGGCGCUAUCUCCGCCAUCUUUGCGGGUCCACUCGCCAAGACGAUUGGCCUGAUCAACACGAUGGUCUUCACCCACAUACCAUCCUCUGCUGCCGUUCUUGUCUUUGGUCUGCCGAACAACUUUGUCGUUGACGUUAUCUUGCUGAUGAUUCGGGCGGGGCUCAACAACAUGGAUCAAGCGCCUCGCUCAGCGUUCAUUGCGGCUGUAGUGAAGCCGGAAGAGCGCACUGCGGUCAUGGGAAUUACGAACCUUCUCCGAACACUUGCUGCCAUGACCGGACCGUCCAUAACUGGCAUCCUGGCUGGCAAUAACCAAUUUUGGAUAGCAUUCGUGGCUGCUGGAGCUUUCCGUUUGGCGUACGACGUUGGACUAUACGUGAUGUUCGUUAACAUGAAGCUCUACCAGAACGAGGAGACUCCAGCUCAGGCGUCAAAUCAGCGCCAAGAGCCAGGGGACGAGGAGAUGCAAGAUCUAGAUCGAAUGGACACUCCAGAUUCCCUGGCGAGCUCCAACUCAUCCCGAGCAGGCACUUAG